GACAAGGCACAAGAAGAGGUCUGGCCUGCAGCAUCCCGGGCAGUGCUCUCCAGACUCUUGCAAUGGCUUCGAAGAAGGCGGUGUCCGGUUUGCUCCUGCUGUACGUGAUGUCAGUGCUGGCAGAACAGGCUGAAGGCUUUGUGCCCUUCUUCACCCAGAGCGACAUCCAGAAAAUGCAGGAAAAGGAGAGAAACAAAGGACAGAAGAAAUCCCUGACACCUCUGCAGCAGCUGGAAGAAGACGACUUCUCUGAGCAACCUGGGGCAGAUGUUGACGGGAUGAAGACUAUCCAGCUAGCUGUUCCUGUCAGAGCUGGGAUGUGGCUCAUACUGAGGCAGCUGGAAAAAUACCAAGGUGUCCUGGAGAAACUGCUCACGGAGGUGUUACAGGACACCCCAAACGCUGACUGAUAUCAGCAGCAUCAGAAGAAAAAGAGAUACAGCUUGGUGAAGCUAAAAGACUCCACUUAUGUACAUGAAAUCUGUAAAAGAGAUUAACAACAAAAUCUGAGGUGAGAUAAUAAAAUGCGCAGUAUAAUUAAA